UUCCGGUAGGGUCGUCAGGUUCAUCAGAUAGAUCUGGUACAUCUUGGACGAAAUGAAGUUCUGUAUCUGGCUUUCACUUUUAUUGGCAUGUCAUGGGCGUAAAGUAUCGGAGGAUAACAUUAUAACAGAGCUGUGCUUCAAGCCGCAAACUGGACCAGCCUGCCAGAAAAUGAAAACAUUUUAUUGGAACAAAGAUAAGAAAACCUGUUCGAUUUCCAAUUAUUUAUUGGAGCCUUGUGGCUUUUUCCACAAAAAGGAAACGUGCAAUACAAUAUGCUCCAAGGCAUCAUGGACUUUACCUGAUCUAGAAAAAUAUGUUAGCAAGUUGCCUUGAAAUAUAUUGAGUUAAAAGUUA